AUGUCGCAGAUCUCCGAGCCUCAGCUGUCGCAAAGCUCCCUUGCCCCUCCUGUUGGAAUCUCACGCCCUGUCACCCCAGUGCAACGCGCAACCCUUUCCGCAUCGCCUGAUUUGAGUGUGCGAGCUGGAAGCACGUCUCCGCACUCCGAUAAGCUCAAGUUCAUCUCCCCUCCAUCGCUGCCUUCAUCAGACAUAACGCCUCCACCAUCAACGCAGGUCCCCGGAGCUCCGCUCCGAGGGUCACGGUCUCGAUCUAGCUCCUACCUUGCACCUUCGCCAGAUAUACAAGAAACUCUCUGUGCUGCAUACGGCGCAUCUGAGAACCUUCCAACAGACGACGAGAUCGAUACUGCCGACGAAGCCAGGCUCCGCGCUAUUGCCAAAGAGCUCCUUGGGGUCGCUCGGGAGGCUCGUGUAUCCGCACUCCACUUCAAGUUGCAAUACGGACUAUUAUCAUUCAGAAGUAACGUGGCUAUCAAACGCGCCGAGGUCGAGCAUAAGCUUGCGAGGAGGGAAGCCGAAAUACUGCAGAGUACCGAGUACCGUAGCCGUCAUCUUCUUCCAGGUGCAGAGCCGAUGCCUUCGCCUUCCAAUCUCGAGUUGGAACUUGCCGUCAAGCGUAAUCAAGAACUCGAGAGGACCAACGCUACCCUUGACAGAAGACUGCGACGAGCCAAGAAGCUCAUUGAACAAGAACAGGACCAGUCAGAUGGGCUGAGAGAGGAGAACCAGUUGCUGAAGAAGCGCAUCCGGGAAAACCGGGAACAUUUCUCACGGAUGAUCGAGCACGGUCCGAUGUCGCCCCCUGGUCCGCCGCCAGAAGGGAUGGAUAACAAUGACAACAGCAAUCCAUUUGCAGCCCUCCUUGCAGCGGACCGUGUCCUUAACAGGGAAUCUAGUGUGACAUUUACACCACAACGACAUAGAACUCAUAGACAGCAUCCGAAUGGCCACGUGCGAGGCAGUCAUUCCCUGUCCUCACUUCCCAUCACACCGUCUCAGACACAGAAGAUCCACCGGGAAAGUCAGUAUGUCACUUCUGGUAAAGAGUCCAGCGACGAGAAUCGUGAUAGAGAUAGCACAAUAUCCGCAUCUGAUAUCGAGGAAGCCGGAGCAGAGGAAAAUAUCCCUCCGUCUCAGGCGGGAUCUCUUGCAACUAGCAUGCUUCGUCGCAAUCAUCCGUCUAUCCCGCAAAACAUGCGGGGUGUUGCCAAUUCAGCUCCGAAAACCAGUACACUCCUUCAAACAAAGUUGUUUGGCCAAGUGAGAAAAGCGGGUGUAGAUCGGCCUGCGAACACCCUCAAACGUAAAGCAAGUUUUGACGGUGCGAGCUCAAAGAAAUCAAAAGCGGAGGAGCAGGUGGGUCUCGGCAUUCACUAG